UUUAAUUUUAUUAGGAAAAUUGUACAGUGUUUUAACAAUUAAUUAUUUAAUACAAACUUUUAUUAAGCCAUGGUUAGUUGAUUUUGUUUAUGUUGUUAUGUUUUAUAAUCCCACCAUUUAGUAUUGACAUUAACAAAAGCAUAAAAAAAAGAAUAAUAAGGAUGAGUCGUUCACAUGACUGGCUUUUGUCUAAUACGCACCAGGGUACUUAACAGCGGUCAGAAAGCGAUCAAACCACGCACCUUUUACAGCACCCGAGGGACAGCUUUACUUUCAACAGCUCUUUAACUUUUUUUUCUUUUUGGGCCUGCGUCUAAACCCUACAAAAAUAGCAGUAAGGCGCAAUUAAGCCACCUGGACCGGGCCGUUUAAGAGACACCCGUUUCCGAGUUUCCGUUUCCAAACAGCGCUGUCUGCCUCCCUCUAAACACCGGACUUGUGUAUGUGUGUUCUCAACCCGUGUGCGCGCACCGGAGGCACCCGAGGGAGUCGAGGCCAAGCGCGCAACAGGCCGACGACAUCUGCUUUGGAAAACAGCUCUUCAGAUCGCAAACUUUGCCCAAUUUGAUUGCUCUUAAAUAUCACAGCACGCCUGGCAAAGUGGAAAGUAGACGCGCCUAUUUCCUGGCAUCUUUCUGGCACCUGACGCAGCGCGCAGUGGAAAGGCUUUAUGAGAGCUCAGCUAUGACCCCGUAUUUAUUCAAGCGAUAUAAAAAGACAGGAGUGACGACAGAGGGAAAAUGUGAAAGUCAAAAAUAUUAUCCCUUUGAGACAGUCGUUAAAAAGCAUUUCAGAGCCUUCUAAAAUGUGAACUGGAUAGGGAAUAAUCUCUAGGGAAUACAUUUGUAAAACAUCAUGUGUUUACGCGUGAAAAGUGGGCAUCAAAAAUCCACGGGAAAUUAUUAGACGUCAAAUUAACACGAUAACAUAAAUGUAUUUUUCUUGGAGGAACAGGGCUUAGAUAUAUUGAAAUUUAUUUCUCUUACGUUAAUUAACAGUCCAAAUGAAUUUUUGCGCAAAAUUUCAACAGGUCCAGUGAGAUACCUGCGUGUCGUGUCUCGGCCGUUUGAGGCGCUUAUCUCCGCUUAUAUUUUGGCUUGUCCCGGAUCAUGUGAAUUCCACAGCAGACACGGACAACGCGCGUGGAGUUUGUCCAUAAAUCACAACGUGACAUAAAAUACGGUGCGUCAAAUAUGAGUCCAGCAUGCCAGAGUGAACCCAAAAUGCCCAAGUAACGCUUCAACCACACCAGACUUAACUAAGCAUUUUUACACAAUGCCACAGGAACAAAGAAUAAAAAUAACGGGCUAGAAAAACACACGUUGUAAUUUAGUAAUUCAACAGUCUAUAAAGCCAUUGCCAACACGUUUAUAUUUGUGAUUUGUAUUACACUGACUCCUUAUCGAGUCUGUAAAAGUGAACAUUGGGAGGUGUGCGCAUUAAAACAUUCUUUUUCAUACGGAAUCAAGGCUUGAAGUAAUAAUUAACAUGCAUUAUUCCAACUGGGUUAUUAUUGUCACCUGAGUAAAUGUCCACAUUGGACUAUUUGAUAUGAAGAGGCUUUAAAUAUGAUAUUUGGUUUUAUUUGAUUUGACUUUAAAAGUGUGAUAUUAAAUAAAUUGUCUCUAAAAUGUAACUUACAUUAUCUUUUGAGGAGAAAAAUAUCUAAUAUUAAAACUGUACAGCCACAGUCAGUAUUUUAUAACGGCACACGCGUUAUUCAUUUCACACCGGAGCUUUGAGAAGACACCCGUAGAGUGCCCGUUUCCUUCCCCCCUCUCUCGCCCUCUCUCCUGUUCUGUCAAUCCCUCUUCUCUCUCUCUCUCUCUCUUUCACUCAAGUCCCGUUGUGUGGUCAAGUUCUGUACAUCAUCCUCCGGCCCCGUACCGAGAGAAGGCUUCUUAUUGGUUCGCUCGCCCCUCUUACAUCACCGGGACGUUUCGUGACGCGCACGUCUUCCUGUUUCCUUCUGCCGCGUCUUAAAGUGAAUCUUUUUAGUGGCCGAGGAGCGCUCCUGCAUCACAGUGCCUCUUGCAUCCCACGCGUCCGUAUCUGAGGAUAGACGGACGACGGACCCGUGACACCCGUUUCAAUCCACUUUGUCGCGACUCUUUGUCCAGCUCUUUGAAAAAUAUUCAUCCCUCCUCAGAGAAACUUCCCUUUUGACGCCUUUGGGAGUUUGAAACAGUCCUCUGUUCGUCUAAAGGGUGAGUAACCUUGUCCUCGCGCUGUGUCUCCUAUGUGUGCCUCGCCGUGCUGUGCGUAAAACAAACUAAUAAAUCCAUUCUUCUCAUCAACAUCCAAUUAUGUGUCCAUGUACGUGGUUGUAUUUGCUCUGUGCCGUUCCGCUCUGGUCCUGGUGGAGAGUUGAGUGAGCAGCGGUACAGUGGGUUUUUUAUUGCAAGGAUGAUACGCGUAGCCCAGCCUUCUUCAUCACAGCGCAGAUUGGAGAGUUGGUUCACACUUAUAGAAAUACACAAAAGGCUUUGGCUAAGAGGAGUGACCUGCGGGAUAUGGCCCAAUAGCCGCAGCACGUGAUGCCGGACCAUGACAGCGACUCCCUUCUGAACAGACAGACCAAACGCAGACGUGUGGACAUUGGUGUGAAGAGGACAGUGGGCAGCAUAGCCUCAGGAGCCACCACUGCAGAUAGCAUUGCUCGCGCCAAAGCAGCCAUUUUCAGUGCCAUGAACUCUCUGAGCUCCCACUCUCACCACGGAUCAGACACAGACUCCAUGGAUUGCUCUGUAGUGCAGCCACACGGUGGGCCUGGCGUAGUGUCAGCUAGUGACAGUGAGUCCAAAUCGAAUGUUCUGCGAAAGCUACUGAAGAGGGCUAACUCAUAUGAGGAUGCCAUGAUGCCCUUCCCUGGCACCACUAUCAUCUCUCAGCUUCUCAAAAAUAACAUUGCGAAGAAUGGAGGAGGGCAUGAGCGAGGGGACAGAGGUGAAAGGGAUAUGGGCUUCUCUAACUCAGGGCUUUCCAAUACAAGUUCAGAAGCACCUCAAGAAGAUGCAUGCAGUAACUCGUCCCAGGACAGCACACCUCAGGAGUGCUUGUCUCCCUUUGGCCGUCCUCCUGGCCUGGCCAACUUUGACAUUGAGCGUCUCAAUGAUGAACAUCUGCGUGCCAAGCGAGCCCGCGUAGAGAACAUUAUUCGCGGCAUGAGCCACUCACCCAGUGUGGUCGUACCUGCUUCGUCUCGACAUGAGCGUGACCACGACAUUGACGCAGAUCGGGACAUGGAGUUAGACUGCCCUCCCCCCAACUCCCAGCAGCAGGCCCCCAGCAGCCCCCGGGGUGGGGAGGUGUGCAGCAGCAACCGAGAGAACAAGCGCAAGCAGCGCCUGCCUCAGCAGCAGCAGCAGAGCUUCACCCAGCUGGUGUGUCAAAGGAAGGAGCAGAAGAUAGAGGAGCGCAGGCAACUCAAGCUCCAACUGGAGGACAUGCAGAAGCAGCUGCGGCAGCUCCAGGAGAAGUUCUUUCAGAUCUAUGACUCAACAGAUGACUCUGAACACAAUGAGCUCCACAACGACCUUCAUAAUGAUAUAGGAAACAUGUCUGAGGACAGCCCGGCCCGCUCCGACAAUGGUGCUGAUGAAAGAAGUGGAGAGGACCUGCGCUCUGACAAUGAGAUGUCUGACCUGGACCCAGGCCAUUUCCUGGACCGGGCCAGAGCACUACUUCAGGAACAAGCUCUGCUGGAUGGAGACAAGCCACGGAGAGAGGGGCUGGGACGCAAGGGCCCAAUGCAUCCUGAAGGAAAACAGCUGGCUGAAACACUGAAGCAGGAACUCAACUCAGCCAUGACCCAAGUGGUGGACACGGUGGUCAAAGUUUUUGCCAAGCCUCCACGUCCCACACCUCAACAAGCCUUCCCCCCACUCUCCCUCCCUCCUGAAAGGUUUCCCCCCACAGUGAACGGAGACAAUCCUAACUUCCACACAGCCAACCAACGCCUGCAGUGCUUUGGUGAUGUCAUCAUUCCCAACCCUCUGGACUCUUUUGCCAGUAUGCCAGGCCUGCCAGGGCCAGCCAACGACCAAACAGAGGCUCUGCCUCUAGUGGUGAGGAAGACUCCCAGUGAACAUCACCACCAGUCCUCAGCUGUAGGGGCCCAUGGUGGGCACCACCACCCAGCCCUCCACCCCUCCUCACUGUCUGCCUCUAUGGGCUUCAGCCCCCCAUCUUUCAGGCACCCUUUUCCCAUUCCACUCUUAGGUUACCCUUUUCAGAGCCCUCUGGGAGCACCCACAGGUGGUUAUGGAGGGAAAGACCGGUCCUCACCUGAUUCCAUGGACCUGUCCCGAGAAACUACCAGUUUGAGGACCAAGAUGGCCGGUCACCACCUAAGUCACCACCACCACCAUCGCUCUCUUUCACCAGCACACCCCGGCAGCACAGCCGAAUCUCUGUCUCUGUCCCUCAUCAAAUCUGAGUGCAGCGACCUCCAAGACAUGGCCGACAUCUCGCCCUACUCCGGCAGCAAUAUCCAGGAGGGUCUUUCACCCAAUCACCUGAAGAAGGCCAAGCUCAUGUUUUUCUACACUCGCUAUCCCAGCUCCAACAUGCUAAAGAUGUACUUCUCUGAUGUGAAGUUCAACCGCUGCAUCACGUCCCAGCUGAUCAAGUGGUUCAGUAACUUCCGAGAAUUCUACUACAUUCAGAUGGAGAAGUUUGCGAGACAGGCCAUCAACGACGGGGUGACAGGGGCGGAUGAGCUCGGAGUCAGCCGCGACUGCGAACUCUUCAGAGCCCUCAACAUGCACUACAACAAGGCCAACGACUUUGAGGUGCCCGACCGGUUCCUGGAGGUGGCAGAGGUCACGCUCAGAGAGUUUUUUAACGCCAUAGUGGCCGGUAAAGACGUGGACCCCUCCUGGAAGAAGGCCAUCUACAAAGUCAUCUGUAAACUGGACAGCGAGGUGCCCGAGAUUUUCAAAUCCCCCAACUGUCUCCAAGAGCUCCUACACGAGUAAACCACCAUUCCUGCUCCUCUUUCUACUUCUGAACAUCCUAAUAUUAUUUAUCUGAUUUUUGAAGAGUUCCAAUUUUUCCUUUUGAUUUUGUUUAUUUUUGAAUGUAUGGAAGUUAUGAAGUAGCAUUCCCGAUUUGAAGGCCACUGCGGCGAUUCCUGAAUGAACCUAGCUAUUGUGUUGUUGUUCUUAUAUAAUUAUUACUAUUAUUAUUAUUAUUAUUAUUUGUUUAUUUUUUAUGAAUCUACUGAAAUGAAGAGACUUUAAUGUUAUUGGGUGUUUUUUUUCUUUUAUGGACUGUGUGAUCCCUCAUCUGUUUGGCUUGUUGUAUGAAAACUAACUUUAGUUGUGAAUGUGUGAAUGGGGCACUUGUAUUACACUGUUAUGAACAUAGAUUUUACUCAAAUGAACUGAUUUUGAAGCCACUGACACUGGACUUCUGGGAUCUUUGACUGGACAUGAGUGGUCUGCACUGGUCUGUGAGAUUUCGAUUGCUGAACUUGACCAUGUUUUGAAGUGUGCAACUCUGGCACUGUGUUAAAGGGGUGUACAAUAUUUUGAUGAUUAUUAUUAUUGUUACAUUGUUGUUGUUUAUGAUUAUUUGUCAACAAUGCUUGCUGAGGAUUGGCACUUGGAGAUUUUGUUUGUCCCUUAUUGCCACUGCAGAAACAAAAUAAAUUAUUACUAUUAUUA